GAAAAAUCCGCAGGCCGGAAGCCAAGGUUAGGUCUUGACCACCCCGCCGGAACCCCCCGCAGCCCGUCGCCGGCGGCCGUCAGCGGCGGCGAUCCGACCGCGCGCCUCCCCGCGCGGCCCCCCACGACCCGGAUCUCGCCGGGGACGCAUGAGGCGGCCCCGAAUCGGCCAGAUCUAGGAGCUUCCGUCCGUCAUGCUGCCCGGCGGGGCGCCGUCCGGCAGCUCGCCGGCGUCGUCUCCGCGGCCGGAGCAGACGCCCACGCCGUCGCAGCAGCAGCAGGCGCAGCACCUAGGGUUCGCCAGGAAUCAGCAGGCGAUGAUGCAUCAGCAGCAGCAGCAGCAGUCCUACCAGCCCGGUAUGCCGCAUGGUAUGAUGGGCGGAGGCGGCGGCUUCCCCCAGUCAUCGGGCCCGAUGGGGCCGUUCCAGGGUCAGAGGAGCCUGCCCCAGCCCGGUGGACCGCAGGGCCAGCAGUACAACCAGAGCACAUUGCAGCAGCAGCAGGCGUACAUGCAGUUUCUGAUGCAGCAGCAGAAGUCCCAUGGGAUGCAACUCCAGCAGCAGCAGCAGCAGCAGCAGGCCAAAAUGAAUAUGCCAGGACCGUCCACAAGGGACCAGGACGCGGCUGCCAACCCCGCCAAGAUUCAGGAGCUCAUGUCCCUUCAGGCCCAUGCUCAGGCCCAGGCGCAGGCGCAGGCGCAGAUGCUUAAGAGACAGUCCGAGCAUCUUCAGCAGGCGGAGAAGCAGCAGCCAGAGCAGGGGCAGCGGGCCGGUAGCGAGCAAAGGAGCGGUGACAUGAGGCCUCCUAUGCCACAACAAGGAAUCCCUGGGCAGCAGAUGUCAUCGGCUAGUAUGGUGAGGCCGAUGCAGCCAAUGCAGGGUCAAGCGGGCAUGGGCAACAUUGGUGGUAUCCCGUUGCAAGCUAUCCAUGCCUGGGCAAAGGAGCAGAACAUUGAUCUGUCUGAUCCUGCAAAUGCGAGUCUCAUUUCUCAAAUCGUACCUAUAUGGCAGGCCAGGAUGGCCGCCAUGCAGAAGCAGAACGCGACAAACAUCGCUGCACAGCAGCAACAGCAGCAGCAGCAGCAACAACAACAGCAGCAACAGCAGCAGCAGCAGCAGCAGCAGCAGCAGCAGCAGCAGCAGCAGCAGAGUCAGCAAAUGGUUCCUAGGCAGGUGAACAGUGAUGCCCCAUUAAAUGGGAAUAAUCCUGGUCAGGCUCCAUUGAAGCCCCGGCAGCCUCCCCCGCCUAGUUCUUCUGUUUCCGCUGGAGCAGAGACUAAGAUGACGAAUCCGGGCAACUUGCAGAUGCAGCAGCAGUUUUCUGCCCAUAACAGGGAAAACUCAAAUGAGAGGGCUGUGAGGCCGUCCAUGACAAUGGGCAAUGCCGGGCAAAUGAUGCAUAUGGCCCAGAGUUCUGGACAGGCGAACAAGAUUUCUGAACAGCCCAAUCCAAAGAAUACCCUUGCGAGCUCAGAAGCGAUGCAGCUGCAGUAUGCAAGACAGUUGCAGCAGGCUAAUCGAGCUACUGCCCCUACAGCAACUCCUGGUGAAACAGGAGGAUCGCAGGCCCCAACUCAAGGUGGUCGGCCGAAUUCGAAUUUCACAAAACAUCAACUUCAUGUACUUAAAGCUCAAAUAUUAGCUUUUCGGCGUCUGAAGCGUGGUGACCGUACACUCCCACCGGAAGUUCUUGAAUUAAUCAUGUCUCCUCCGCCUCCACCACCUCCAGACUCACAGAUGCAGCUGGUCUCUGGACCUCCAGUAACAGUCAAUCGUGAAAGGGCUGUUUCAGUCAAUGCUGAUGAACAAGGAAGGCCCGUGGAGGGUGGUGAUAAAGCUCCUGAAAAACCUCUAUUGUUGAAGGGGCCCUCUUUACCAAAGGCGGAGGUUUCUGCUUCGGAAGAGAAAACUGGUUCUGCAAGUGGCCCCAUGCCAGUGAUGAAAGUUCCGCCCAAGGAGCCUCCUAGAACUGUACCAGUUGCCGCACCUGAACAAAGUAACACCGCUCCCAUUAAAUCUGAGCAGGAACCAGAAAGGGUUAUCCAGAGAACACCUGGGAGAAGUGAUUACAGUGGUGAAAGGGGAAAAUCUGUACCGACUGAUAGUGGUUCGGCAGAUGCUGAGCAGGCAAAAAGAGCUGCCUCUACAAGUAGCGCACCAUCUCCAAGGGAUGUUCCCAGAAAAUAUCAUGGUCCAUUAUUUGAUUUCCCGUCCUUUACUAGGAAACAUGAUUCUAUGCCCCCUGCAAAUUACAACGGUAGUCUGGCACUUGGUUAUGAUUUGAAAGAUUUGUUGGCUCAGGAAGGCAUGAUGGUUCUUGGCAAGAAACGGGAGGAUAACUUGAAGAAGAUUAGUGGCUUGCUUUCAAUUAAUCUAGAGAGGAAAAGGAUCCGACCAGAUCUUGUUUUGAGGCUACAGAUUGAAGAAAAAAAGCUGAAACUCCUAGAGCGUCAGGCUCGCAUGAGGGAUGAAGUUGAAGAGGUGCAACAAGAAAUAAUGGCGAUGCCUGAUAGGGUAUAUAGGAAGUUUGUCAAGCAGUGCGAGCGUCAACGCGUCGAGCUUAUAAGGCAAGUUCAGCAGACGCAAAAGGCCUCAAGAGAGAAGCAGCUGAAAUCCAUUUUCCAAUGGCGCAAGAAGCUUUUGGAAGCACAUUGGGCUAUUCGUGAUGCACGAAUAACUCGUAACAGAGGGGUGGCCAAGUACCAUGAAAGGUUGUUGAGGGAAUUCUCAAAGAAAAAGGAUGAUGAUCGAAGCAAAAGAAUGGAAGCACUAAAAAACAAUGAUGUGGAACGAUAUCGUCAAAUACUAUUGGAACAACAAACUAGUGUUCCUGGUGAUGCAGCUCAAAGAUACAAUGUUCUAUCUUCGUUCUUAUCCCAGACUGAAGAGUACCUUUAUAAACUCGGUGGGAAAAUUACUGCUACCAAGAAUCAGCAACAAGUAGAAGAGGCAGCAAAUGCUGCUGCAGCAGCUGCCCGGGCACAGGGCCUUUCUGAAGAAGAAGUGAAGGCUGCUGCACAAUGUGCUGGUCAGGAGGUUAUGAUAAGAAACACAUUCUCGGAGAUGAAUGCACCAAGGGAGGAAAAUGCAUCUGUUAACAAGUACUAUAUGUUAGCUCAUGCUGUGAGCGAAAAAGUAACAAAGCAGCCCUCACUUUUGAGAUUAGGAACUUUAAGGGACUACCAACUGGUGGGCCUUCAAUGGAUGCUUUCACUCUACAAUAAUAAAUUGAAUGGCAUUUUGGCUGAUGAGAUGGGUCUUGGCAAGACUGUACAGGUUAUGGCAUUGAUUGCAUAUUUGAUGGAGUUCAAAGGGAAUUAUGGACCGCAUCUCAUAAUAGUGCCAAAUGCUGUCUUGGUCAAUUGGAAGAGUGAACUGCUUAAUUGGUUACCAUCUGCAUCUUGCAUCUUUUAUGUUGGUGCAAAGGAUCAAAGACAAAAGUUGUUCUCUCAAGAGGUUUUGGCUGUCAAAUUUAAUGUUCUUGUGACAACCUAUGAAUUCGUUAUGUUUGAUCGUUCUAAGCUUUCAAGAAUUGACUGGAAGUACAUUAUAAUUGAUGAGGCCCAGCGAAUGAAGGACAGAGAGUCAGUCUUGGCCCGUGAUCUUGAUCGCUAUCGUUGCCAGCGACGUCUCCUUCUCACUGGCACUCCUCUACAGAACGAUCUCAAGGAGCUUUGGUCCCUUUUAAAUUUGUUGCUACCAGAAGUGUUUGACAACCGCAAGGCAUUUCAAGAUUGGUUCUCAAAGCCUUUUCAGAGGGAUGCUCCUACACCUAGCGAAGAAGAUGAUUGGUUGGAGACAGAGAAGAAAGUGAUUAUUAUUCACAGGCUUCAUCAAAUUUUGGAACCUUUUAUGCUACGUAGGCGCGUUGAAGAUGUUGAAGGUUCACUUCCACGGAAGGACUCUAUUGUUUUGAGGUGCAAAAUGUCUGCCAUUCAAGGUGCUAUAUAUGAUUGGAUCAAAUCCACUGGCACCAUUAGAGUUGAUCCGGAAGAUGAGAAAAUACGUAUCCAAAGAAAUCCAAUGUACCAGGCGAAGACAUAUAAGAAUCUCCAAAACAAAUGCAUGGAGCUGAGGAAAGUUUGCAACCAUCCUUUGCUGUCAUAUCCCUUUAUGAAUUACUACGGGAAGGAUUUUAUUAUCAGAUCUUGCGGGAAGUUGUGGAAUCUUGAUAGGAUUCUAAUCAAGCUUCAUAGGUCUGGUCACCGUGUUCUCCUCUUUAGCACUAUGACAAAACUUCUUGACAUCCUGGAGGACUAUUUGCAAUGGAGGCAACUUGCUUACAGGCGUAUUGAUGGAACAACUAGUUUGGAGGACCGUGAAUCAGCAAUUGUUGAUUUUAAUAGGCCUGGUUCUGAGUGUUUUAUAUUCUUGCUUAGCAUCCGUGCUGCUGGCAGAGGUCUGAAUCUUCAGAGUGCAGACACUGUUGUAAUUUAUGACCCCGAUCCCAAUCCACAAAAUGAAGAACAAGCUGUUGCAAGGGCCCAUCGUAUAGGGCAGACUAGGGAGGUAAAGGUUAUUUACAUGGAGGCUGUUGUUGAUAACAUCUCGAGUUAUCAGAAAGAGGAUGAAUUGAGGAAUGGAGGAAGUGGAGAUCUGGAGGAUGAUCUUGCUGGGAAGGACAGAUACAUGGGUUCAAUCGAAAGUCUCAUCCGCAACAAUAUCCAACAGUACAAAAUUGAUAUGGCAGAUGAGGUCAUCAAUGCUGGUCGUUUUGAUCAAAGAACGACUCAUGAGGAAAGGCGUAUGACUUUGGAAACCCUGCUGCAUGAUGAAGAGAGGUAUCAAGAAAGUCUUCAUGAUGUUCCUUCAUUACAGCAAGUUAAUCGCAUGAUUGCUCGGACUGAAGAGGAAGUCGAGCUCUUUGAUCAGAUGGAUGAAGAAUUCGAUUGGACAGGAGAUAUGAUGAAACACAAUCAGGUUCCAAAGUGGCUCCGUGUUGGCUCUACAGAUGUUGACUGUGUUGUGGCUAGCUUAACCAAAAAGCCUGCCAGAAAUGCAUCUGGCAGUGCUCCUGACAAUGGUGACAAACUUGAGAAAAGAAGGGGGAGACCCACGGGGUCUGGUAAGUACUCUAUCUACAGGGAGUACGAAGAUGAAGAUGACGAGGAGUCUGAAGAAGAUGAUGAAGAGAGGAAUACACCAUCUCACCCUGAAGAAGAAGCAGGAGAAUCUGAAGAGGAAGAGGAAAAUGAUGAUUCAGUACCUGAUGAUGAUAACAAAGAUCAAUCUGAGGAAGAAGAGCCUAACAACGAUGUUGGGUACGAUCUUCAACAUGGGACAGGAAGUGGAAAAGCUCACAAGUCUGAAGAAGCUGGCUCUACAGGAUCUUCAUCUGGAAGCCGGAGAUUACCACCACCUGCCCCUUCCUCAUCUUUGAAGAAGUUGCGGUCUCUAUCUGCAUUAGAUUCCCGCCCAGGCACUUUUUCAAAAAGAACUCCAGAUGACUUGGAGGAUGGAGAGAUUGCAUUAUCAGGGGACUCACAUAUGGAUCUACAGCAAUCAGGAAGCUGGAACCAUGAACGGGAUGAUGGUGAGGAUGAACAGGUGCUGCAACCAAAAAUAAAACGCAAAAGGAGUCUCCGAACUCGUCCGAGACCUAAUACUGAUAAACAGGAAGAUAGAUCUGGUGCAGAUGGUACCUUCCCCCAACGUGGUGCUCGCCUUUUAUUCCCAGGAGAUGGUGAUUAUGAUUCACAGCAAGAUGCCCAUGCUCUUGCAGACCCUACUUCUAGGCAGCAAGACACAGUUCAUCCGAUAGUGAAACAGAAGCGUAACAUGCCAUCUGGAAAGGCCUCUCCUGCUUCUAGAGCAGGGAAAUCCACCCACUUGUCUGGGUCUGCCGAGGGAUCUGCUGAACACCCCAAGCAGAAUUGGAGCAACAAGGUCAUCAAUUCUGCUGGCACAAAGAUGUCUGACAGUAUGCAAAGAAAGUGCAAGAAUGUAAUAAGCAAGCUUUGGAGGAGAAUUGGCAAAGAGGGACACCAAAAAAUACCCAACAUAGCUUCUUGGUGGCGAAGGAAUGAAAAUUCUUCAUCCAAAGGUGUGGCUGGAAGCACCCUCGACCUACAGAAAAUCGAAUUGCGAGUUGAUGGAUUAGAGUAUAGCGGUGUAGCUGAGUUUAUAGCGGACAUGCAGCAGAUGUUGAAAAGUGUGGUUCAACAUUUCGGCUACAGACAUGAGGUCCGGGUAGAAGCUGAGAUUCUCCACAACUUAUUCUUCAACAUAAUGAAGAUCGCCUUCCCAGACUCUGACUUCCAAGAGGUCAAGGACUCGCUGUCGUUUUCGAACCCUGGAGGAGGCGCGGGCAGCACGGCUGCCCCAUCAGCAAAGCACCUUGCUUCAGGCCUGAAGCGUCGUUCCGCCACCACCGAAGCAGAGCAGCAUGGUCCCGGCAGCGGCAAGCACAGCCAUCACGUGUCGGCUGGUGAGGCUCCUAGCCGGGCCAAACCAGAGAGGGACUCGAGGCACUCAGGGUCAGGAAGCAGGGACCAGAGCCUCGACAGCCCAGGGCUGCCGUUGCACCCCGGCGACCUGUUCAUUGUCAAGAAGAAGAGGCAAGAUCGGGUUCGGACCAGUGUCGGGUCCCCGUCCAGCUCAGGCCCCCGAGGACCGCUCUCCCCGACCAACACUGGCCGGUUGGGCCCGGUGCCAUCGCCCAGAGGUGCUAGGACGCCGUUGCAGAGGGACUCUCACCCGUCCCAGCAGUCCAUGCCUGGGUGGGGCGCGCACGCUGACCGCGGGGGGAGCUCGCCACCCGGCAUCGGGGACAUCCACUGGGCCAAGCCCGCCAAGCGGCAGCGGACCGACACUGGCAAGAGACGGCCAAGCCACUUGUGACGCGGCAUACACAUUCUCCAUGCAUCAUAAUCGCCGCCAUGUGUCGCGGACUUACGGCCAUGAGAAGAAGGGAAUGUUGUGCGGCUUAGGAGUAUUUUCUUUCUGUAUGUUGGGUAUUUGUUUGUUUACUGUAAAGAGGAACAGCACUUUAAUAGCCUUUGUUAUGUGGUAGGUUGUUUAGUGGUGCAACCAGAGGAUGCAUGUGUUCUCAUGUGAAAGGGACAGUGAUAAUGGGAAUGAGCUGGUGUUUAGUUAAUAAUCAGUUAGUAAUUAUCAUCUGUUGUAUGUUUCCAUAAGCAAAAUUGUUACCGGGACCUGAUAAACUAAUUAACGGCACUUUCCUA